ACCGCCCUCGCAAACGUUUGCUACUCAAUGCGCAAUGAGUUUCCAAAACAUCAGCGCUGGGCCAGGGGCAACACAGAUCAUCCAAGUGAAGGUUGAAGAUCUACAGCCGGGCUUUUUCAAGACCUCAAACGAAUUAUUCAAAAAACAUCAACCCUGAGCGCGUGCCAGAGACAUGCGUCUGGUUCUUUGAACAUGCGACAUUUCAAACGUGGAGGGAUAGCACUGGUGACAACCUUCUUUGGCUCACAGCUGAUCCGGGCCGUGGCAAGAUCUGACAAUUUGUGCUACUUUUUCUUCUUCAAAGACAACGACGAGCAAAACAACACUGCGAUAGCGUUAUGUGCGCUACUUCAUCAGUUUUUCUGGGCGCACAACGGCCUCCUCCAAAAGCACGUUGCUCCAGCUGUCAAGAAGUGUAGAGUUGUCCUGAAGAAUGAGUUUGAAGAACUAUGGCGGAUUCUCAUUUCGGUUAUGCCAGACCCGUCUGCUGGGAAUGUUAUCUGCAUCCUAGAUGCGCUCGACGAAUGCCGGCAGCCCGAUCAGGAUAAACUCAUUACGUACCUGAAGCGCUUCUAUAGCCGUCUCUCCCACAAGCCCACGCGAAGUUCCAAGCUGAAGUUCCUCGUGACUAGUCGUCCGUACAGUGAAAUCGAGCGUGAAUUCUCCGGCUUAACGCUUGACGUGCCGACUAUUCGGCUGGCGGGGGAAGAAGAGUCAGACAAAAUCAGCCAUGAAAUCGGCAUCGUUAUUGGGGCAAAGGUCAAGGAGAUCGGGAAGAAGCGGAAGCUAGCCGAAGACGUGCAAUUUUCUCUGCAAAGGCGACUAUGCGAAAUCCCUAAUAGGACCUACGUCUGGCUGAACUUGACCUUAAAUGAAGUUGAAAAAGGAAUGGGAAAGACGCAGAAGAAAUUGCUCAAGGUUAUCGACACAUUGCCAAGGACAGUUGAGGAAGCAUAUGAGAAAAUACUGGGAGAAUUCAUGCAGGAACAGGCGCGAACAGUGUUGCAGAUCAUUGUUGCAGCCCGGCGCCUACUGACGUUGAGCGAAAUUGAUGUGGCUUUAGAGAUCGAACCGGAAUCAACAUCCUACGAGGAUCUCGACCUUGAAGGCGAAGAGAGCAGGAAGGAGUGGAUCCGUGAUUGCUGUGGGCUGUUCAUCAGCGUCGUAUACUCCCGCGUCUAUCUGAUUCAUCAGACAGCAAAAGAGUUCCUCGUCCGGAAGAGCAACGAAUCGCCCGGACCGCAGGGAUGGCAUCACUCUGUUGAUCUCCACGAUGCGCUUCGGGUACUCUCUGGAAAGUGCAUUACCUAUCUAAAUCUCCGCGAGGUUCGACAGAUUCAAGUCCCAACUUAGGAAGCAUCUUCCCUCUGGCGCAAGCGAUUUCUUGCGACACCGAAGAGUGACCAUGCGUUCUUUGAUUACUCAGCAACCUAUUAGAUAUCUCAUGUGUAGGAACUUGAUUUCGAUAGCCCCUCCUGGGUUUCG